GAAGAUGACGUCAUUUAUGCUUCGGUUUCAGACAUCAACAUGGUCGCUACCACUUAAUGAUGACCCAGACAUUUGAUAACUUACAUUGUGAGCUUUUUUAUGGGGUUACUACAGCAAAGUUUGCACUUCGAAUUCAAGGAUGGCAGACUUUAGUAAGCUGGAUCAGCAGAAGAUUGAGCUCUUAGAGGCGAGGAUGUCUGGAGGUACCAGCAGGCAAAGCAUGCCUGUUGUCAUCAUCAAAGACGACUCAAAUCUAAGUGUUGGAAACAACAGUAGUCGAAGUUCAUACGAAGACAGAGACUUGGAGGUUAUACCAUUGACAACACCAGACAAGAAGGAUUCCCGAUCUAAAAGAAAGCGUAAAAUACAGGAAAGCCAUGAUAAUAUACAGGGUAAAAAAAUCAAUGAAUAUUUCCGGACGUCAGCGACGGGCAGCCCAGGGCGGGCUGUGGGACCAAUGAUGAAUCACCCACGCUCACCUUCCUCCCAUGUAACAGUACCAAUAUAUGGGUCCCCAUCUGGCUCAAACAGUAACCAUGCCGAUGGCAGCAAUAUGAUGCACAUGCAACAACAAUAUCAACAACAGAAACACUUGCAAUCAAUCCGUGUAGAGACAUCUACCAAAGAGGUUCAAACAAGUCUUACAAUGGAAGGAAUAGAAAAUCUAGAAAAGAAAGCUACGAGUUGUUUAGAAGAAAAAGAUGUAAUGUUGGAGACACUAAAUGCAAAAGUUAAGGAGACACAGAAUCAGCUGCAGAAACAAAGUGAACAGUUAGCCAAAUGCUUAGCAAUGAACAAGAGCCUGCUACUAGAGAAAUCACAACAGGAGAAAAAGUUAAUACGUAAAGCCAGCAUGGAAAAUCGAUUGAAGCUAGGCCAAUUCAACACUCAACGGCAAGGUGCACAGUUUGUAGAAAGUUGGAAAGACGGAUAUGCUUUCACAGAUAUUUUUAGGCAACAAGAAAGGCUAGCUCAAGAAAGAGAUGAAAUAGACAGACAAAAGAAACUGUUGACCAAACGGAAGCCUCACCUACAGGGGGCACAAUCCAAUGCCAAAGCCAACUCAGUCCCCCAGCUUUCUGCACAAGCAUACUAUGAACAGGAUGAGAUACUGAAACUCAGACUGCAAGCCUUGAAAAAGGAGGAAGCUGACUUACAAGUUGAACUAGAAAAACUCGAACGUAGCCGUAAUUUGCAUAUACGUGAAUUAAAACGAAUACAUAAUGAAGACCUGUCCCGCUUCAAGGAUAAUCCAGUGCUACAUAAACGUUACCUUCUCCUGAAGCUGCUGGGCAAAGGGGGGUUCAGCGAGGUUCACAAAGGAUUCGACCUUGAAGAGCAACGAUACGUAGCAUGUAAAAUACACCAGCUGAAUAAAGACUGGAAAGAAGAUAAAAAGGCUAACUAUAUCAAACAUGCCUUGAGGGAAUAUGAAAUUCACAAGAGUUUAGACCAUAAUAGAAUUGUGAAACUGUUUGACGUCUUUGAAAUAGAUAGUAACUCAUUUUGCACGGUCUUAGAAUACUGCGAUGGUAAAGAUCUAGAUUUCUACUUGAAACAAACAAAACUGAUUCCAGAGAAAGAAGCAAGGUCAAUCAUGAUACAAACUGUGAGGGCGCUGCAGUACCUGAAUGAGCGCAAGCCUCCUAUUAUACAUUAUGAUCUGAAACCAGGUAACAUUUUAUUAAGUUCCGGAACAACAAGCGGGGAAAUUAAAAUAACAGACUUUGGUCUCUCAAAAAUUAUGGAUGAAGAAAACUUUGACCACAAUGAAGGUGGGAUGGACCUUACGUCACAGGGUGCUGGAACAUAUUGGUAUUUGCCACCAGAAUGUUUUGUUGUUGGGAAAGGACCACCAAAAAUAUCAUCCAAAGUAGAUGUAUGGUCCAUUGGCGUAAUUUUCUAUCAAUGUCUUUAUGGCAAAAAGCCAUUUGGUCACAAUCUGUCUCAAGCAUCCAUUUUGGAACAGAAUACAAUCCUGAAAGCCACAGUAGUGCAAUUUCCAAGUAAACCACCAGUUAGCCAAGAAGCUAAGGAUUUUGUUCGUCGUUGUUUAGAAUACAAGAAAGACAAUCGUAUAGAUGUGCUACGACUGGCUCGAGAUCCUUACCUGAUGCCACCCUCGCGCAAAGCCACUCCAACCAAUAACAGCCAUACUAUGAUGCCCCCUCCCAGUAGUUCCAGUUCCCUCAGCCUCAGUGGCUCAUGAACAAUUCCAAUUGUUUAAGAAGAAAACAUUAAAUAUAAGAUAAUAUUAUGGAAGAUAAAAAUGCCAAGUAUGACCACAGAAGUUUGCUGCUCUCGCUCAUGGCCUCAAGCAAUUUGAGGACUAAAACAUUUCGUAGGGACACGCUGAUCAGAUGGCGAUCAGCACGAAUGUGCCCAUGUUGUAAUUGUUCCCAUUAAAAAUGAUACACAAGUGGUUGCACUCUGUUUGAACAAAACUGUUGAGAAAUCCCAGAGAAUAAAACUAGAAAUAGCAUGUAUCUCUAUGGAAUUUGGUUCCUGCUUCCACGUGUUAAAUGUUUGUGAUUUUACAGGGCAUCUAUGAGAUGCAGUUUAUUUUGAUUUUCAGGCUGUCAAAUUCUCUGGAUGUUACCAUACGUUUUACAGGUCUUAGUUCUAAGUGCUUUACUGAGGAAGUGUCCAAAGAACAGCACAGAUAUGCUCUAUAAUUUGCUGUUUGUUUAAAGGAAAGUUUGAAGGAAUUUUUUUUUUCUCAAUUGGUUUGUUCCUGUGUAUUGUAGUUACAUGUGGCAGUCACACACCUAGCCAAGCUGGACUGCAGUUUGCUGGACUGUAGUCAGGCAACAACUCAUCUUGAGCAAUUGUACUUCAUCUUCUAAUGUAGAAGACAUGCAUUUACUAUCAACUCAUAUGGUCAGGUUUUACUGGUCAAUACUAGUGUAAGAAGUAUUCCGAUGUAUCCAAGAUAACAGUUUUUGUUCCGAUUGGUGUAUCCAAGAUCGCUGCUAAUACUAGAAGCAAAGCAUUCUGAUUAGUGUAUCCAAGAUCACAGUUAUUGUUAGAAGCAAUCUGAUUGGUGUAUCCAAGAUCGCUGCUAAUACUAGAAGCAUUCUGAUUGAUGAAUCCAAGAUCACAGUUAUUGUUAGAAGUAUUCUUAUUGGUGUAUCCAAGAUCACUGCUAAUAAUUGAAGCAGUCUGGUUGGUGUAUCUAAGCAAACCGAUUAUCCCAAAUCCACCUUAUGCCACAAACUAGGAUGAUCACCAUAUUUCACCAAUUAAUUUUUCAUUUUGUCGAUUAAUAAAAGCAAGUAAAAGAUUUGAAUAUGUUAAAUUAAAGAUUAAAUGAUCAUGCUGAUAAAUAGAAUUGGAUGUAUGAACAAGUAUGGUGUUGAAGAUGAUGAUGAUUAUUAUUAUAAUUGAUGAUGAGUACAAUGAUGAUGACAAUUAGUUGAUAAUAAAAAUGAUUCCAAUGGUGAUAAAUAAUAUUGAUGACACAUUUAUCAUGUUCUACAUUGAUACUGAUAUUAGUACUGUAUUUGUGUUGUAUUGGUUUUUCCUAAAGCAAUUGUAGCAGCAGUCUGUAAUACGAAGGCCUAACCCGUCUUAUUCCAACAUAUUUUAACGUCCAAUCGUAUAGAUAAGAAUUAUUACAUUGUUAUUUGUAUUAAGAUUUUUGGAAUUUACGCCAUUUUGAUUUGUUCCUAUCCUAGUGAUCAAACCAUUUAAAAACAAAAAGAGAAUAAUGUAUGGUGUUAAGCUGUUUCUGCAUGUGUCUCCUAGACUCAUUUUGUAAUAGUAUUGUCCAUUCUAUUCUUACACCUGGAAAUAAACGUAUUUGCAAGUUGAUACAAAUGAAAACAAGAA